CGAGGAGGCGGCGGCUUCCGGCCCAGGACAGCGCGGCAGCUGUGGAGGCGUUCGGGGUCUGCCGGCCUUCAGUCUUGCCCCGGCCCCUCGUCUCCUGUGCUCGAUCCUCCGGAGGCUCUCUUUCCGAGGAGGCCAUGGAUACCUCGACGCCCUUGCCUCCCGUAGCCCCCUCCCCGAACUUCAGCCCAGCCCCACGGACGAUCCAGAUCGAGUUCCCUCAGCACAGCUCGUUGCUGCUGGAAGCCCUGAACCGCCACAGGCUCGAGGGAAAGUUCUGCGACGUGUCCCUCCUGGUGCAGGGCCGGGAACUUAGGGCUCACAAAGCCGUGUUGGCCGCGGCCUCUCCUUACUUCCAUGACAAACUGCUUCUGAGGGACGCGCCACGGCUCACUCUGCCCAGCGUCAUUGAAGCGGAUGCUUUCGAGGGGCUGCUCCAGCUCAUUUAUUCAGGGCGCCUCCGCCUGCCGCUGGAUGCUCUCCCUGCUCACCUCCUUGUGGCCAGUGGGCUCCAGAUGUGGCAAGUAGUAGAUCAGUGCUCAGAGAUUCUUAGAGACCUAGAAACCUCAGGUGGCGGACUUUCAACCCCUGGAUCGACCGCUUGCCACACGCUUCUUUCCACCACAUCCUCUCCAGGAGGCUGGUGCAUAAGCUCUUCCUCUUUCCAGACCGAGGUGCAGUCGUCCACUUCUACACAGAGUCUUGUUGGAGGGGAGGGGAGUGAACUGGAAGAUGUGUUACAGAUUCAAAUUGAGGAAGAGGAGGAGGAGGACCAGGGGUCAGCAGCACCCUCUCAGACUCCUCAAUCUCAGAGAGCGUCAGGGGAUUUUCCUCGCCCUCAUGGAUCCCAGCCACUGCCCGUGUCCUCUACUCCCCGCAGGCUUCCAGAGGGGGAGAGUGCACCACUUGAGCCUCCUGCCCCUCAGACUGCACGGCCUCUCAAAAUCUUCUACAUUAAGCAGGAGCCCUUUGAGCCUAAGGAGGAGAAAUCAGGAGGUGGAACUCAGUCUGGAGCAGCAGAGGAGGAGACCAAAGUGUUUGCUGGAGGGGACUCAGAGGGGAAUGGAGAGCUAGCGUUCUUGCUGCCGUCAGGAGCAGGGGCAGCGUCUGGAGGAGCGGGCUCGUCAGGGAAACCAGUGGAUCUUCACGGGAAUGAAAUCGUGUCAGGAAGUGGGGGACCUGGAGGAGCAGGGCAGGCUGUGCACGGGCCUGUGAAGCUUGGAGGGGCACCCCCUGCCGAUGGGAAACGCUUUGGUUGCUUGUGUGGGAAGCGGUUUGCAGUGAAGCCGAAGCGUGACCGGCACAUCAUGCUGACCUUCAGCCUUCGACCCUUUGGCUGUGGCAUCUGCAACAAGCGCUUCAAGCUGAAGCACCAUCUGACAGAGCAUAUGAAGACCCAUGCAGGAGCCCUGCAUGCCUGUCCCCACUGUGGCCGUCAGUUCCGAGUCCAUGCCUAUUUCCUUCGCCACCAGGACCUGUGCAAGGGCCAGGGCUGGGCCACUGCUCACUGGACUUACGAAUGACUGCGGAAGCCAAAUACUAACUUCCAGUCCGAGAGCGCCACUGUUGCUGACGGAGUCUUACCCUCACUCCCACACACCUCCAUGCUGGAUCUUGUAAUCAGGCCAAGAGAAUAGAUACGUUGUAGACCUCUUUUUCUUGGGUGUGGGCCUCAACCUCACAGAUCUGGAAAUUCAGAUUUCUCGUCUCACCCAAGGUUUUUACUAAUAAUCCUACAGGAAAGUGGUUUAUGGGCUAUAUGUAAAUUGAUCACUUGCCCAUAAUAGACCUUCUUUUCAUACAGGAAACCUGAUUUCAGGUUAGAAGUUUAUUUGAUGAGAGAAGAGUUAGAAGAAAAAGACAUGAUCAUCAGUGUUUGAUUCAGUGUCCACGAGGAGGUCAAGGAGCUGGUCUCCAUCUCGAGAUACGUUUGACUCAGAGUUUGAGUAAUUUAGAGACCAAGCUCUAAGGUUGCCGCCCCCUCAUCACUGCUGAGAUGAUGCGAACAGAGUUCUCUUUAUGUACUUUCUUAUGUUAUAUCUUUCCAGACAUCCCUCAGAUCAUAACUUGCUUUCUUACAGUAGGUACCUUCCCAGCACCUGUAUUUUUUAUGUUGUAGUUGAGCACGUUAACAAAUCAAGCAUUCCACGUGUCAUUCCGAGCGCCCUCCUGAGUAGAGAGUGUGCCCUCGGCAGCCGGUGCCUCUUGUCUACCUUUGACCACCAGUCAUCACUCGUGUUGAUCAUAGUGAUUGGAAUGUGACCAGUGAACUCAGGAGAUGACAACUGACCUGAAAUGCUCUCAGGGCAACACCACUGCUCUGAAAAAGUGGCCUUGGUCACAGGGACUCAGGGCUGAGAUGGGGCGUGCUGAAGGGUGGAGAGUAACUGUGCAGUGGGACAACACCCCCUCCCCCUCCCCCCACCCACACAGGACAGCCCCUUGGUUGAGAGGUAGAAGGGUAGAUAUUGGGAUGGGGAGUUUGUCACAGGUUACUUAAUUUCUUCAAAUAAACUUUGUCCUGAAACCCAA